AUGGUCAAGUCUAGGGAAGAUGUCAUCACCAGGUUCCAUGAACAGGUCAACAUGUCCGUAGACGAGCUACAGAAGUGGCUCGACGACCCCAAGAGCAAAAAGGCGGGCACUGGAGUGGGCAUAGAGAGCGGCCACAAAAUCAUCGAAAUUCUGAAGAAAAAUCCAGACAAGGAUCCGGAGAAAUACGACGAGGAGGACAUCGAACACAUGCGCAAGGUUGUCUCGUAC